ACAGCGGUGCUUAGUUUGUGCGUGUCAGUCAACUUCUGCUUCGAUCUUCACCAGCUUGCAGAAUGGACGCUUUGGCUUUCCCUCAAGACAGGGGAAAGGGCUGGUAUAUAUCUCUCAUGGCACCUAACACCAAAGGACCAAAGUUUGCUUGGCUUGACCCUUCAAGGCUCUACUGCAACUCCCAGGCAUUAUCAGAUUGUGUUCAGGACCUGCUGAAACCAUUCCAGAAUGAGUCGAUUGACAUUGUUGCUGGCAUAGAUGCCAUGGGAUUCAUUCUAGGGUCUGCUGUGGCUACCACUCUUGGGAAAGGUUUCCUGGCCAUCCGUAAAGCAGGACAUUUAUGUAUCGACACUCAGACCCAAGAUUACAGUGACUAUUCGGGGCGCGAGAAACUGAUGGAAGUGCGUCUGGACGUACUCAGGCCAGGCCUGAAGGUGCUUAUAGUGGAUCAGUGGAUCGAGACGGGAGGCACCAUGAAGGCAGCCAUCCAGCUUGUGGAGAAGCAAGGGGCCACGGUGGUGGGUGUUGCUGCAGUGGCCAUUGAGAACAGUGAGGGUGGCACAUGGAUUAAGCAGAACUAUAAGCACUCGCACUGCAUCCCAGAGGAACUCCAAUCACAGAUCGACAGCCAGUACCUGGAAUCGUUCGCACUUUUUGGCCACAAAAAACAGUGAACCCCAGGAAACAGUGUGGGAAUGAGAGUGAGAGAGAGGUAGACUAUCAGAAAUGCGUGGGAAGCUUUUAGUGCCUCUUCCAGAGGAGAUACUGAUAGGCAGAGCCAAAGAUAACACUCUCACAAGCGAGGCUUUAUCUGCAGGAAUCACAUGAGGAUGGUGCAGUCUUGUUUGGAUAAUUCCAUGUUUGGAUUGUACCUUUUUACAACUACCACAAGGUGGGGCUGUAUGCAAACUAGAAUUUCUAAAUGCAUUAUAGAGAUGGCCACUAAAGUUUAAACUCUUCUGUCUAAAAUGUUGUCUUAGGGCAAAAUACAUGUGUCUCAAUAGAAACUAAUAAGGAAUAAUAAUGAAACGAAAUGAAGACAUAAUUUUGGGCCAAUAAUAAAAAGUGACUUCACUACAUGCGGAUGUGCCACACCUAUGCUUUUUUACGUGAGACAGAGAUCCCAUUGUAAAUACAACUUGAUUUUAUAACAUGGUCAUUUUCUAAUGCAUAUGAAAAAUAAUUAAAAAGACAAUGGUUGAAAUUG